AAGUCAAUUGAAAAAAUCAAAGAUCAUGAGUUUCUUAGAUCAGUUAAAAAAUAAAAAAAACAGUUUAUUAAGUGUUGAAACCAAAGUAACAACAGAAAGUGGUCUAGUUUUUAAAGAAACAAAAUCAGCAGAUGGUUUUAAAAGACAAUUUUUGUUGAACGAACAAACUUGUGGUUUUAUUGUUGAUUCUAAUCCAGAUCUUAAUGCUGGUCAUGUAUUUGAUUUUUUAUAUUUUGGCUCACAAGAUAUUGCUUGUGACCCAAAUAUUUUAAAUGCAUUACAAAUAACUGAUGUAUUAAGUAUUGGCAUAACAGUACCUAAGUACAAUAAUUUUAUCUAUAAAUUUAUUGAAGCCUACGAUUUACCAUCAUUUAAUAUGCAUGAUAUUUUCGAUGAUUGUUUUCUAUACAUUGAAAAUAUUCGUCUAAAAGGACGAUGUGUAUUUAUUCAUUGUAAUGCAGGCAUAUCUCGUUCGCCAACUAUUGUUAUAGCAUAUGUUAUGAAGCAUUUAAAGAUCGAUUUUGAACAUGCUUUUAAACUUGUUAAAGAAACUAGAUCAACUAUUAAACCAAAUGCUGGUUUUCUUUUACAAUUAAAAACUUAUGGUGAUAGUUUGAAAAAUAAUWUGUAUCUGUAAGUAAAUUAAAAAUAACAUAUGUGUAAAACUAAAUAUUAAUUUGAAUUUAUUAAAAAUGACCAGAUGAUUUUUUAGUGUAUUAAAGUCCUUGCUCUAGACUUAUUACCCAUAUUGGCCAUAUUAUAUUGAAUUCUGUUAAGUAUCUCAAUUUGUAUAUAAUUUGUGUUAGUAAUCCAGAUACUUGAAUUAGUUGAAUUGUAUAACUUUCUUGAACUCUUAGAAGCAAAUUUUAAGUCUUCGGUUUUCUUACUGAUGUUUUCAAUGUUAAUAUAGAAGAUUGAGGUUCUAU